CGUUCGGGGGCGGCAGGGCGAGUCGUGAAGACCCUCAUCUCCGAGGCCACGACGCACGGGGGCCUUUGAGGGCCCCAGGGCAAGGCGAGACCUUGUGGGUGGGGGCGGGGCCGCGGGUAGGGGAGGGGCCCGGCCGGCCGGAGAGGCCCAGGGUCAAGACGUCCGGCCUCAGGGGCCGGGGCUGGGCAGCCGGGUCCCCUGGGCGGCGCUGAACAGGCGGGCGGCGAGGGCCCGGGUCUCAGGGCACUCAGGCCUGGUCGCAGGAUCGUCCGCCAUCGCCGCCGCCGCAGCACUGGGAGCCGGCGGGGAUGGAACGGGAGGCGUCGCCGUGGGGCCUCGAGCCCGGGGAUGUGCAAAGUCCUGAUGAACUGGGGAGCCCUGAAGGGUCCCUCAAAGGCAACGUGAGUGAGAAUGAGGAAGAAGAAAUGUCUCAACAAGAAGGCACUGGGGACUAUGAGGUCGAAGAGAUACCCUUUGGGCUUGAGCCCCAGAGCCCUGGGUUUGAGCCACAGAGCCCCGAGUUUGAGCCCCAAAGCCCCAGGUUUGAGCCUGAAAGCCCAGGUUUUGAGUCCCGAAGCCCUGGGUGUGUGCCCCCAAGCCCUGAAUUUGCACCCAGAAGCCCUGAAUCAGAUUCUCAGAGCCCUGAGUUUGAGCCCCAAAGCCCUAGGUAUGAGCCCCAAAGCCCUGGGUAUGAACCCAAGAGCCCUGGAUAUGAACCCCGGAGCCCUGGGUAUGAACCCAAGAGCCCUGGAUAUGAACCCCAGAGUCCUGGAUAUGCACCCCAGAGCCCAGGAUAUGAGCCCCAGAAUCCUGAGUUCAAAACCCAAAGCCCUGAAUUUGAAGCUCAAAGUUCCAAAUUUCAGGAAGGUGCAGAGAUGCUUCUGAAUCCGGAGGAAAAGAAUCCCUUGAGCAUCCCCUUGGGAGUCCAUCCCUUGGACUCCUUCACCCAGGGGUUUGGGGAGCAGCCCACAGGGGCCCUGCCCCUAGGGCCACCUUUUGAGAUGCCCACAGGGGCCCUACUGGCUACACCCCAGUUUGAGAUGCUCCAGAAUCCCCUGGGCCUAACCGGGACCCUUCGGGGGCCAGGCCGGCGGGGUGGCCGGGCCAGGGGUGGGCAGGGCCCUCGGCCUAACAUCUGUGGUAUCUGUGGGAAGAGCUUUGGGCGGGGCUCCACCCUGAUCCAGCACCAGCGCAUCCAUACGGGUGAGAAGCCCUAUAAAUGUGAGGUCUGUAGCAAGGCCUUCUCCCAGAGCUCUGACCUCAUCAAACACCAGCGCACCCACACGGGCGAGCGGCCCUACAAGUGUCCCCGUUGCGGCAAGGCCUUCGCUGACAGCUCUUACCUGCUUCGCCACCAGCGCACCCACUCUGGUCAGAAGCCCUACAAGUGCCCGCACUGUGGCAAGGCCUUCGGUGACAGCUCCUACCUCCUGCGGCACCAGCGCACCCACAGCCACGAGCGGCCCUACAGCUGCCCCGAGUGCGGCAAGUGCUACAGCCAGAACUCUUCCCUGCGCAGUCACCAGAGGGUGCACACCGGGCAAAGGCCCUUCAGCUGUGGCAUCUGUGGCAAGAGCUUCUCGCAGCGCUCGGCACUUAUCCCCCACGCCCGCAGCCACGCUCGUGAGAAGCCCUUCAAGUGCCCUGAGUGCGGCAAGCGCUUCGGCCAGAGCUCUGUGCUGGCCAUCCAUGCCCGCACCCACCUUCCAGGCCGCACCUACAGCUGCCCCGACUGCGGCAAGACCUUCAACCGCUCCUCCACGCUGAUUCAGCACCAGCGCUCCCACACGGGCGAGCGGCCCUACAGGUGCGCCGUGUGCGGCAAGGGCUUCUGCCGCUCUUCCACGCUGCUGCAGCAUCACCGGGUCCACAGCGGGGAGCGGCCCUACAAGUGCGAUGACUGUGGAAAGGCCUUCUCGCAGAGCUCCGAUCUCAUCCGCCACCAGCGGACCCACGCAGCUGGCCGCCGCUGACCUGGGACUCCUCCGGGGGUGGGGAGGCAGUGGGCUGAAGAGAAGGGGACAGGAAGCUAGAGAAACCUUUAGAAGGAAUAGUGGAAAAGCUGGAGGAGGUUGGAGGAGUGGAGGGCCAGGGUGGAGGAAGUCACGAGCCCUGGAGACUUAUGGGAAACGGGCUAUGGAGAGGGGUUGGAGAGAGGCCAAGCAGGCGGUGGGAGGCUCUGGGAGAGAUCCAGAAAAGAGGUCAGCAGAGAUCUGGCCUCGGCAGCAGCAUGCCCCUUGGUGGGUGCCUGGCUUGGCGAAGUGCUAGGCAGGGAGGGGGG